UCAAGAAUAGUAGUGAUAUGCGGCAAAGAAUAACUUGCAUUGAAGUAAUGCAUCAAAUCACAUACCCCACUCACCAACUCAACUCUCUUUACAUAUGAUCACCUUAUCUAAAGGGUUAUUGAUUGUUACUUGGGUAUAGUCUUGGAAGAGAAAAGAUUAGUUUCAAGAUGUGGCUUCCAAAGAAGCCCCUUUGGGCUCCAUCUUUGUCCUACUCAAUCACUGUUUCAGUACUCCUACUUGUCACCCCUUUGCUUGUCUUCUCACUAGUUGGUUGUACCCUUGGUCCUCAGAGAUCUUGGUUUUCAUUCCACUCUCCUUGGCCUUGGAGAGUUGGUUUUUUCAGUUCUUAUUCUCUGCCUGUGAAUGAAGAACUAGACAGGCCUCCUAAUUUGGAAGGUUCCUUCUUAUUGAAUAGUUCAUUAGCGCACACACUGCUGGCUGAAGAAACAGCUCUUCAAUCUCUAAAAGAAGAACAAUCAUCUACAACAAGCCCUGCCAGUGCCAAAAGCUUUCCUGGACAAAUCAAGAGAUACACAAGGCUACAGAGGCAAGAAGCAGCUCUAGCCAAAGCCCGAUCCUCCAUUAGAGAGGCCGCAUCCCAAAACAACAACAUGAAAUCGAACCACACCGAUCCAGACUGCGUUCCUCAAGGCCCCAUCUACCGUAACGCCAAUGCAUUUCACCGGAGCUAUCUGGAGAUGGAGAAAUUGUUCAAGAUAUAUGUGUAUGAAGAAGGGGAGCCACCAAUGUUCCACAAUGGUCCGUGCCGGAGUAUAUAUUCGACCGAGGGACGGUUCAUCAUGGAAAUGGAGAAGGGGAAUUUUUACAGGACCAAGGACCCUGACCAGGCUCUUGUGUUCUUCCUUCCGUUUAGUGUGGUGAUGAUGGUUCAGUACCUCUAUGUACCUGGUGCGCUUGAGUACCAUGCCAUAGGCCGAGCAGUCGUAGACUACAUAGACAUUGUAGCUCGGAGACAUCCCUUCUGGAAUCGCAGCCUCGGCGCAGAUCACUUCAUGCUCUCUUGCCAUGACUGGGGGCCACACACAACAUCUUACGUACCACACCUAUACAACAACUCUAUCAGAGUUCUCUGCAAUGCCAACACUUCCGAAGGAUUCAAUCCAUCCAAAGACGUUCCCCUUCCAGAAAUCCAUCUCCGAACAGGCGAAAUCAUGGGUCUCCUAGGCGGCCCCUCUCCUUCCCACCGCCCAAUCCUAGCCUUCUUCGCAGGCCGCCUCCAUGGCCACAUUCGACACCUCCUCUUAAAUCACUGGAAAGAAAAAGACCGUGACAUCCAAGUCUACAACAACCUUCCAGACGGAGUCUCCUACAAAUCAAUGUUGAAAAAUAGUCGAUUUUGCCUAUGUCCUAGCGGGUACGAGGUUGCCAGUCCACGUGUCGUGGAGGCAAUCUACGCGGAGUGUGUUCCUGUCUUAAUUUCGGAUGGUUAUGUACCGCCAUUCAGCGAUGUUUUAAAUUGGAAAGCGUUUUCAAUUAGCGUGGCGGUUAAGGAUAUACCAAAUAUUAAGAAAAUACUUAUGGGUAUUUCUCAGAAUCAGUAUUUGAGAUUGCAUAGGAGAGUGAAACAAGUGCAGAAGCAUUUUGUGAUCAAUGGACCUCCUAAGAGGUUUGACAUUUUUCACAUGGUUAUUCACUCUGUUUGGCUCCGGAGGUUGAAUGUUCACAUCCAGGAUUGAGAUUA